UUAGAGGGAUAUGAUAAUUCGGCCAUCUCCAUUUCUUCGGACCAAAUGUGACAUUGCGUUCAUUCAGUUGCUGCAGGCCAGACCCAGAUAGGGAGAUAGUUCCAUUCUGUGAGAGAGAUGGCUUUCACCUUCUUCUCCACAAAGCUCUCCACUCCCUACUACUACCUUACCGUUCCAUCAUCCCCUCACACCCUCAACUCUCUUGUUUCUCAGCCCUUCCCCACCUUCAACUGCCUUCUCAACCUCCCUCUCCACCACCAUUCUCCCUACCACGGCAGCCGAACACUCUUAGCUCGAUCUAGAAAUGGAGGCAGCCCCGUUAGAACUGGUGGUGGUGGUGGUGGCGGUGGCAGAGGAGGAGGUGAUGGACGCGGAGGUGGGGACGAGGAUGGUGCCUUCCAUAACAGAAGAGAAGCUCUUAUGGUUCUCACAAAGCUGAGGAGGCCGGUUGAGACCCUGCCAAAGGAUCUGGCGGCAGCAAUAGAGGCUGGGAAGAUCCCAGGAUCGGUGGUGGAGAGGUUCUUGGAGCUUGAGAAGCAAUUGAUUUUCCGAUGGCUGCUUCAGUUUGGAGGGUUUGCAGAACGGCUUCUCGGCGAUGAUCUCUUCUUGGCUAAGGUCGCCAUGGAGUGUGGUGUUGGCAUCUUCACCAAAACAGCUGCGGAGUGGGAGCGACGUAGGGACAACUUCGCGAAGGAGCUCGAUUUUGUGUUUGCGGAUGUGGUGAUGGCCUUAAUAGCAGAUUUUAUGCUGGUUUGGCUACCUGCUCCCACGGUCUCCCUGCGGCGUCCACUUGCAAUCAGUGCAGGGACUUUGUCUAAGUUCUUCUAUGGCUGCCCCGAUAACGCAUUUCAGGUGGCUUUGGCAGGAACAUCAUAUUCGCUGUUGCAGAGAGUCGGCGCAAUAGUGCGUAACGGGGCCAAGCUUUUCGCAGUAGGCACGGGUGCUUCAUUGGUGGGGACUGCAUUGACGAACUUGCUGAUCAAUGCCCGGAAGGUCUUCGAUAAGUCUUUCGCCGUCGACGGAGAAGAAGUGCCCGUCUUAUCCACCAGUGCUGCCUAUGGAACCUAUAUGUCAGUUUCAAGCAAUCUCAGGUAUCAGGUGCUGGCAGGAGUGAUCGAGCAGCGGAUCCUCGAGCCAUGGCUACAUAACCACAAGCUCGUUCUCAGUGCAAUUUGUUUCGCCUUUAGAACUGGCAACACUUUCUUGGGCUCCCUAUUGUGGGUGGAUUUCGUUCGCUGGAUUGGCAUUCAGAGGACCCGAGAACGGUAAGUACAUUUUGAUUGAUACGUAUGUACUACUUAUACAUCCAUGAAUGUAUAUGUAUGUACAUGUGUACGUUUUGCAUGUCUAGAAGUACUAUCCAAAUUAUAUUAGAAGGCUACAAUACACGAUUGUAGUACUACUCUCCAAGGGCUCAAAUUGGGAAUAUGUCCCUGUAUGCAGAAUAAUUAGCAUGCCAUUUCUGUUGAACACCACA